AUGGCCCCUGGGGCAUUAGCCCUGCUGGAAGGCUUUGGCCGUACUUCAUAUGACCCUCUGUGCGCCGAGUCAUGUCUGCGGUCUUUCACUUCUCUCAUGCUGCCGUGUACGAAUAUGGAGGAUGGCAUGGGGAUGAUGUCCACGCCUCCGUCAUGCCGAGCCCAAAGCACCCCUUUCCUCACAUCCGUGGCAUGGUGCAUGAGUGACAAGUGCGUCGGCGUUCCGGCAUCCAAACUCGAGGCGUACUGGGAAGAUUGGGUCACAGGCGACAAAGGAGUUCAGCCAAAAUGGACCUUUUCCGAGGCUCUCGCCAACGUCGACCCAAGGCCGCCCAAGGCCCAGCUCAACAGUUCCGAUACGACUCUCAAUGCGACUUCGAUUGUGGCGCCGACGACAUACCUGAGUCAAUGGAACGUUCUUGGGGCUGUUCGCGAUGAGACGGCGAUCGAAUCAAAGUACAGCGUUUCUCUGGUCGUUAUAACUGUUGGCUUACCCGUUGUGAUUACAUGGCUUGGGUAUCUGCCUUGGAUCCCGAUCGUCUUCGACAAGCUGAAGCCAUAUGUGGUCUAUCCAAGCACGAUUGGCACAUACUCCGUUCGCCCGCUACCAUUCCUCCUUGGCAACGCACCUACAACAGGCCAAGGCAUAUUCAUCGCACUCUUCAUCGUCCUCAAUGUCGUCUUCACAGCCGUGGAGUAUCAUGUCCGGCAGCCAAGCGCCUGGUUCGCAAACGGUUGGCACGAGCUCAUCGCAUAUCUCCUGUAUCGCACAGGAUCAUUUGCCUUUGCCCUUCUUCCUGUCCUGCUUCUCUUUUCAUCAAGGAACAAUGUUCUCAUGUGGCUGACGAACUGGUCUCACUCGACAUACCUCCUGCUCCACCGAUGGGUCGGCCGCAUGUUUGCACUCUACGCGGUGCUGCAUUCGAUAUUCGGUCUUCUGACUUACAAGGAAUACGAAGACACGGUCUGGUGGAAAUGGGGAGCGGCCGCAACCGUUUUCAGCGUGGUCAUAUGCCUGGGCGGCGGGCUCUAUGUCCGUCGCGCCAACUACGAGAUUUUCCUUGUCUCUCACAUUGUGCUGGCAGUCCUUAUCGUCGUUGGGUGCUGGCACCACUUGGUACUCUGGUAUGAGUCCAUGGGCAUGCAUCUUCCGGACUAUACAUCCGGCUAUGAAGAUUGGCUGUACACUGCCAUUGCCGUUUGGUUUGCCGAUCGCCUUGUGCGCGGGAUCCGAGUCCUCAAGUCGGGUAUCAGGAGGUCGGUUGUCACUGACCUUGGUUCUGGCUACGUUCGUGUGGACAUACCGGGGAUCCGUUGGGGUGUGGAACCUGGGAACCAUGUCUAUGUCUACUUUCCUACACUCAGCCCUCUUCGACCUUGGGAGAACCAUCCUUUCUCGAUCGUUCCGACAGCCAUCUUGGGUCAAAGCAAUCGGCCCAGCAGCACCAGCGAGUUCAGUGGAUCGCCAAGUCCCAGUGCACAUCGAGAUGAAGAGAAGCAAGCAGGCGUGACGUUGCUGAUCAAGAAGUCAGCUGGCAUUACCAAGCAUCUCGAGCGUCACAGCGGCCUCCUCACUCUGCUUGAAGGCCCUUACCCUAAUGGAGACUCGAAAGACCUUCUGCGAUGCGACCGGCUGGUGCUCAUUGCUGGAGGGAUAGGCAUUACAAGCUUGCUUCCGUGGGCAUACAAUCACUGGAACGUCAGAGUCGUCUGGAGUGUCAAGGACUCUGCGGCUGGUCUUGUUGAUGAGGUCAAGGGAGCCUUGGACACGUCGAGCAUUACACAAAAGGACAUACGCAUUGGGAACAGGUUCAAUGCAAGUGAGAUCAUUGAGGAAGAGGCAAGUGUCGGAUGGCACAAGGUGGGUGUGAUUGUGUCUGGACCUGGAUCCCUGUGCGAUGAGGUAAGGGCGGCGGUAUCAUUGGCGGGUAGGGCUGGUCAGACCAAAUUCAACCUCGACGUUGAUGCCUACUCCUGGUAG